AUGAAUACUCUACAACAAGAAAACCUAGACCAACCAAUCCAACCCAUUCAAAAUUUUAAUCAAUAUUUUUUCCAGCAACAAAAUCAAGACCAACAAACCCAAUUAAUUCAAAAUUCCAAUCAACAUCUUUUUCAACAACAGCAAAAUCAAGGCCAACAAAUCCAACCAAUUCAACAAAAUAUCAAUCAGCAAGUUCAAAAUCUUGACCAACAACAACAAAUUCAGCAAGCUCAACAUGACUACCAACAAAUUCAAAAUUAUGGGCAAUAUAAUCAAAAUAGCAACAACAAUGGCAAUAUGACGUGA